GUAGCUUGAACCUGUGCUUUUCAGAUGUGCCAUGGAGCUCCCCACUGUGCCCACUCUUGAAGGCCACCCCGUGGCCUCAACGUUUGGGAUACUGCUCAUCUCGCUCGUGAUCAGUGCAAUUUUUUAUGGCGUUACCCUCCUGCAAACAUAUAUUUAUUACAGGCAGUACCCUCAAGACCCCCUCAUUCAGAAGAUUAUUGUCGCCUUCCUCUGGUUUCUCGAUACGAUGCACCUAAUAUUUUGUACAAUCACUAUCUAUUGGUUUCUUGUGGCCAACUAUGGGAAACCUGAAACGCUGGACUCGUCCACUUGGAGCAUGAAGCUGCAAACUGAUUUCAAUGGGCUUGUGGGGUUAAUCGUCCAAUUUUUUUUCGCGCGCCGGGUUUGGCUACUGAGCUUCAACUGGCUUCUUGUAUCCACAAUUUGUAUACUUUCAGCCCUUCAUUUUGUCCUGGGAAUCGUUUUUACAGUGGAAGCGUUCCAACUGGGACACAUUUCGAAAUACAGGGUUUUGACGUGGAUUACGUGCCUCGGCUUCAGUGCAGCCGCGGUCGCGGACAUCCUGAUCGCCGCGGCGAUGUGCUAUUACCUCGCUCAGCGACGGACGGAGUUUCGAAAGACGAAUGAUGUUAUCACGACGCUCAUGCUCUACAGCAUCAACACUGGCCUUCUCACGAGCAUCGUCGCCACGGCUUGUGUGAUAUCAUUCGCGAUAUCACCCACAAGUUUCAUCUGGCUUAGCUUCUUCUGGGUCUUAGGGAAAUGUUAUGUGAACUCUCUUCUCGGAAUGCUUAACAGCAGACAGCAUGUGCGCGAAAAAGGCCAUCAAAGACCGACAUUUGUCGAGCUGGACGUGACAAAUCCGUCGGAUUCUUCAGGUCGAUCGGGAAGGCCCAGGAGGACAGACAAUGGGGAAAAUAUGGGUAUUGCGAUAUCAGUGGAGACGACUACGAAACACGACUUCCCCCAGUCAUCCAGUGCCUUGGAUAUUCGCGCCGAGUUUCACAAGCCUGCGAGCUUGCACGAUGUAGACGUGUGAAGUAUCUUACUGGUAGCUUAUGGAUCACGUUCCUUUCAAUUGUCCAGUAGCAGUUCUGGUCAUUCAUAUACACAGUGGGAAGA